CACCACUCAGGAAAGGAAGCUAGCCACUGAAAGAAAAGGCGAGAAUCAUUAAUUUCUAUUGAUCACUGAUCUCUUAUACAUUUAGCACAUCCCGAGCUACCUUACACAUUGUACUGGGAAACUAUACAACUCAGUCAGCAAGAUGAAAGUUGAGGUCCUGUCCAGAGAGCUAAUAAAACCAUACACUUCUACUCCGCGGAGCCUUAGGGAAUACAGUAUCUCAUUAAUAGAUGAGCUAGCCCCUCUAGUGAAUGUUCCCACCAUUUUAUAUUACGCUGAUGAUCUUCACAGUACUAGUUCAAGAUGCGAGCAGUUAAAAAGGUCUCUGUCCAAGGUCUUAGCUAGAUUCUAUCCAUUUGCUGGAAGAUACAUGAAAGAUAGUUUCAUGGUUGACUGUAGUGACCAAGGUGCUGAGUUUGUGGAAGCUAUGGUUGACGUUAGGCUCGAUGAUCUUGUUGGCCGAGGCAAGGAUUUGAAGGUUGAGAUGCUUAAUCAUCUGAUUCCUCGUGCAAUUGGUGCAAGUGGUCACGUAACUGAUCCUCUGCUAGCCGUCCAAGUAAGCUGUUUUGCCUGCGGUGGAUGGGCAAUCGGAUUGAUGACCUCACACAAAAUUGCUGACAUGUCCACGACCUGUACAUUUAUCAACGAAUGGGCUAUUGCUGCAAAACGAAUACUAGAGGGCUUUACUGAAGAUAACUUUCCAAUCAUGUCCCCUAUGUGGAAUUCUGCUUCGUUUUUUCCUGGGAAAAAAAUGUCCGGUCUUCCAUUAGGAUCGUCUACAGAAAAGGAAAAUUCUGAGGAUCAUGAGAUUGUUACAAAGGUGUUUUCCUUUAAGAACCGUGCAAUCUCAAGAGUCCGUGAAAAAGCUAGACUGGACAGCUCUAGGGAGAGCUUACCAACAAGGGUACAAUCUGUGUUUGGAAUAAUAGGGAAGUCCAUCAUUGCUAUAAAUGCUGCUUAUACUAAGGAAUAUUUGGUGAUUCAGCCGGUGAACAUGAGGGAAAGAACCAUUCCGCCUAUUUCUAAAAAUCAAUGCGGAAAUUUUUACUUAUUAUCCACUACUCAAGUCGCGGCAGGGGGAGCAGGAGUGGAACUUCAUAGUAUUGUCAAUCUGCUUACGCAGACUGUCAAAAGAGAAGUGGAGAAAUGUAAAAUGAUACUAUCAGUUGAAGGGCAAAUGUCGGUAAGUGAUGGCUUUCAUGAGUUGAGAAGAAUUCUUGCAAAGCCUAAAGUGGCGGCCCUUGAUUUUUCAGACUGGUGCAAGUUUCCAUUUUAUGAAGCCGAUUUUGGGUCAGGGAAACCUGUUUGGGUGAGUAGUGUUAAUUCGUCAGUGGCGAAUAAUGUGAACCUUUAUAGCGACAAAUAUGGAGAAGGAAUUGAAGCUUGGGUGACAUUGAAUUCCAGUGAUAUGCUUAAGUUUGAACAGGACUCGAGCAUCAUGGAAUAUAGCACUUGAAAUAUUGCAAAUCUAUCAAGCUUAGAGUUGUUUCACCAGUUAUAUGAAGAUCCACGGACUCUUUCCACCAGGAAUUACAAUAAGAUUUCUUUUAUAUACAACUUGUUCAUGUAGAGCGGUACUUUAAGUUUAAGUUAUACAGGGGCCGUAACAGUAAGAGCAAGUGUUACCAUUUUAAUUUUUAAAUCACAAAGAAUA